AUGUCGCAUUUCAAAGCUGCCGCCAACGAUUUCAUCGACUUUGUCAACGCCUGCCCUACUCCCUACCACGUCGUUCAUGAUGUGCGUGCCCGUCUUGUGAAGAACGGCUUCAAGGAGCUCAAGGAGAAGGCAAGCUGGAACAUCGAGCCUAAUGGGCGGUACUUUGUGACUCGAAACGAAUCCUCCAUCGUCGCUUUCACCGUUGGUGGAAAGUGGAAGCCCGGUAAUCCCAUGGCCAUUGUCGGUGCUCAUACUGACUCUCCCACAUUCCGAGUCAAGCCAGUUUCCAAGCGAAGCCCUAGCGGCAACUUCCUACAGAUUGGCGUGGAGUGCUACGGAGGAGGAAUAUGGCACUCGUGGUUCGACCGAGAUCUCAGUGUGGCCGGUCGAGUGUUUGUGAAGGAUCCUACCACUGGAAAGUCCCAGAUCAGACUGGUCAAGGUGGACAAGCCUAUCCUCAAGAUCCCCACUUUGGCUAUCCAUCUCGACCGAUCCGUCAUGGAGAAGUUCGAGUUCAACAAGGAGCAGCAUCUUACUCCUGUUCUUGGUCUUUUGGAGAAGAAUCUCAACAAGAAGAAGGAGGAAGAGCCUGUGGAGUCCGAAUCCGAUGCUACCCCUCACCAGGCACUGGAGCAAUGCCACGACCCGGCCCUUCUGGGUCUUCUAGCCUCUGAGCUCGAUGUUACCCCCGAGCAAAUUGACAAUUUUGAGCUGUACCUUUUCGACACUCAGAAGUCCUGCAUUGGAGGCCUCAACGACGAAUUUAUUUUCUCUCCUCGACUGGACAACCAGGUCUCUUCCUACUGUGCUACCGAGGCUCUCAUUAAGUCCCUAGAUACCGUUGAGAAGGACGAAUCUAUUCGAGUUAUUGGUCUUUUCGACCACGAGGAAGUUGGAUCUCUUUCUUACCAGGGAGCUGACUCGAACUUCCUGCCCGCCGUCCUCAGCCGACUGGCAGGAGCUCCCGGCCAGAACGACGGCUCCGACGUUUCCAUCAACUACCAGUCCCUCGCAAGCUCGUUUCUGCUGUCUGCCGACCAGGCUCAUGCGUUCCACCCCAAUUACCCCACUUCGUACGAGUCUGCUCAUCGACCUGACAUGAACCGUGGACCUGUCAUCAAGAUCAACGGAAACCAGCGAUACACCACUGACGGAGUGGGAAUGGUGCUGAUCCAGAAGAUUGCCGAGAAGGCCAACCUGCCCAUGCAGAAGUUCGUCGUCAAGAACGACUCCUCCUGUGGCUCCACUAUUGGCCCAAUGCUUGCAUCAAAGCUGGGCCUUCGGUCCAUUGACAUUGGUAACCCCCAACUCUCUAUGCACUCUGUGCGAGAAACUGGAGGAUCUAAGGAUAUCUACUACCUAGAGAAGCUGUUCAUCGAGUUCUUCAACAACUUCGUGGAGACUGACAAGCAGAUUGUCUACGACGAGUGA